GCAGGGUUUGGCUAAGGGUAUAAAUAGGCCAUGGCUCAGCCCUCCUCACUGUGUCCCUCUCUCUCUUCCCUCUCUGCAUUUCCUCUCCUUGGUUUGGUGCUCCGUACUACAGCAUUAUGACAAGUCCUCUGGAAAAGGCUUUGGAUGUGAUGGUGUCAACAUUCCACAAGUACUCUGGGAAGGAGGGAGACAAAUUUAAGCUCAACAAAACAGAGCUGAAGGAGCUGAUUUCACGGGAGCUCCCUAGUUUCUUGGGGAAAAAGACAGAUGAGGCUGCCUUUCAGAAGCUAAUGAGCAAUCUGGACAACAACAGGGACAACGAGGUGGACUUCCAGGAGUAUUCGGUCUUCCUGUCCUGCAUUGCCAUGAUGUGCAAUGAAUUCUUUGAGGGCUAUGCUGACAAGCUGCCCCGGAAGAAAUAAAGGGGAGCAGUGGUGAUAGUGGGGGAUGGGAGAGGGAAAAGAGGGAAGCUCCAGUGGGAGGGGGAGGGGGGAACUGGGGAGGAGCUACAGGAUUAUAGUAUCCUUAUGGAGCCUGAGGUGGGCACGUUACCCUCCUGGGUGAUGCAGAAGAGCACUCAGGCUAUUAAGUAGAGUCAAUAAAAAUUUAUUACAAGAA